AUGCUGGUUAACCAUAAAAUCAUUUUAUUACUGGACUUCUUCAUUGCAUCCGUUUUUGCAUGUACUCCUAAUAAUUUUGAUGGAAAUUCUAUCGCAAUAAGUUUAACUGGAACGACUAAGAAUUGGCGAGUGAAUCUAGGGGGAAGUCUUGUUCAGGCAGGUGUGCAACUUAUCAUUUUUAAUAACGGCAAUCAACCAGAUAGAAACGACAUUUUCACGAUAGCAUCAACAACACCCGGGAUUUUUGAGAUUUCCCCAUAUAUCAAUUUCUAUCAUAAUCUUGUCAUUGCGCAAGCACCAAAUUCAAAAAUUGGUGACAAUUUCACACUUCAAAAUAGAACAAUAUCACCUGAAAAUAUCAACUUUAUCAAUUCUCAAUUAAAUCCAAACCUUACCGUUACGACAUCUCCAUCUACUAGCACGUCUGAUAUGGGACAGUCUUCUGGCGUUCAGCUCUCAAUAGGUGGUCUGGGUAUCUGUUUUUCCGUCACCGUCAGUCUUUCAUUGGUAACGAUCGAGUCAACCUUGAAAUUUACAAAUAAUGGUGGCGGAUAUGACGCGUCGAUAUCUCGUCAAUCUGAGAUCGAUCUUUGGUACAUUUGA